AUGCCCGCAGAGUCAUCGAAAAGCCAAAGCUCUUCUGGGUGGACUUUCUUCCCGCCACUUCCUGACACAAGAGACACGUACACGCCAAAUCCUGCCUCCCAGAGUACCCCAGCGACACGAUUGCAGCCAGGAACGGACGAUGGUCAACCACUGAAGCAAGCACGAGGAGCAAGCCAUGUCUCCAUACCGGUUCACGCUAGGGUAACCGACCAGAAUUUGUCGGUUAUUUCCCCUAUAACUCCCAAAAACCAGAGCGAUAUUCAGCAGAAGCCAACGAGAGUCAGUCAAGGUAGCAACAAACAUUCGCAAGGACCGGAAGUCCAUCACGGAAAACCCAAUGAAAACACCGUGGGACAGUCCCGGGUGAACAACCUACCGAAAUCGCCAAAGGACUGCCAGCAAAUGUCGACUCCGUUUCAUGAGAAUGAUCCCCCAAAUCCGUUCUCUUCUCGAAGUCAACAGAAUCAUUCGCCUGCGCUACCAUACAUUUCAUCAGGGCCAUCGCUCACACGAUCGUUUGAAAGCAGGUCGCCCCGGGAUCUUGCUAUGCAGCCGUCAUAUAGUUGUCCACAGCUGGAACAUACCGGUUCCCAUGAGCAUGACCCCUUCCCAGAGCGUGAAACUCACCCUGCAUCCAAGCAAUCCGCAGAGUCAUUUUCUGACUCCAGUUUGGACUACCUAUCCAAGGGACGUACGAGCUCAGUCGGCGACGCUGCGACGUAUUUGCCCACAAUUCCGGAGACACCAAACGAAGAUACCCACAAGUCGAACCGACAAAUGGACAAUCUUCCGCAGGAGAAGACGAGAUGUAAUUCUCGCCAGAUAAUCGGACAAUCCUCCGUCACGACAGACGCACUACAGACGUCAAGAUCGAACCAAAAACAGGCGAAGACACCUAUAUCCAAAUCGGAAUCAGACUAUCGGUCUGAUAGCAGGUCGAGUGCAGAAAAAUAUAGCAGCAGCACAGGCGAAAAGUAUAUAAGUCCAUCUGCUUCGCAAUCAGGUGCGCACAAAGAUCAUUUCGAUUUUUCAGUCAAUUCCACUUUAUCACAUUAUCCGAAAAAAGAAGGGGGGCGGUCGCAGAACCUGGGAGGCAAGAAUCGGGAUCCAGUUGAUCAGGAUCCGGUUUGCAAGGGCACUUAUGUGGCCGCAACAAAACCCAAUCCUCUUCCACGAACAGAGACUCCAAAGCCGUCGAAUAGCGUGAAGGAUCAAACUGCCUGCGUACCACAGAAUCAGACGCAGACAAAAAAUCAGGUCGAGAUGCAACAUGCUCCAGUACCUCCUCUUAGAAAGGAGCUCCUCCCACCUUGGGCAGUAGGAAGCACGGCACUUUCUAGGAAUUACUAUAUCGUACCUCAAGUUCAAGAGCAGUGA